CCCCACACUACCACCUAAGUGCGGUAGUGCUUAAAAGGCUGCAGUUGAAGAACAAAGCAGUUUCUGCCCAGUUUCGAAGUGGCGACCUUUCGCGUGUUAGGCCAACGUGAUAACCACGACACUACAGAGACAAGCCACAGCCGGCCAUCGGAACUCGGUAUUAACGGGAUUUACGCGAUUACUUGAUUGUAUACAGUGUACUCCUAAUUAACAAGAAUGGCAACUAACCCCUCAGUGGCUAUGCUCAGUAAAGUCCUUGAGCAGCAAAUGCUCCAAACAACUGAGAUAGUGGAACAGCAUCUAGAUACAGAGAUUGAAAAGUUUGAAAAGAUGGAUGCAGAUGAACUAGAAAAACUCAGAGAAAAGAGGCUUGAAUCAAUGAAGAAAGCACAGCAUCAGAAACAGGAAUGGCUUUCUAAGGGCCAUGGUGAAUAUAAGGAGAUUCCCAGUGAAAAAGAUUUUUUUCAAGAGGUUAAAGAGAGUAAAAAUGUGGUUUGCCACUUUUACAGAGAUACCACAUUUAGAUGCAAGAUAGUAGACAAGCACUUAGCAAUUCUGGCUAAAAAGCACGUUGAAACCAAGUUCAUCAAAUUAAAUGCCGAAAAGGCUCCUUUCCUUUCUGAAAGAUUACGAAUCAAAGUAAUCCCAACCAUGGUUUUGGUGAAAGAUGGAAAAGCUAAAGACCACAUAGUUGGGUUUGAUGACCUUGGUUGCACAGACAACUUUACAACUGAAGCUUUGGAAUGGCGACUGGGUUGUGCUGCAAUCAUUAAUUACAGUGGAAAUUUGAUGGAACCACCUUUCCAGCUGCAAAGAAGAAGUGGAUGCAUCACAAAGAUGGAGAAACGAGCAAUUAGAGGAAAAAGCAAUGAUUCAGAUUCAGAUGAUGAUUAAACUGAAGUGCAUUUCUUGACCCUAAUCUUUGCUUCCAAUUCAACCUUUUUUCCCCAUCCUACUCAUUGUCAACUUUUUAAUGUUAAGAGAUGACAAAUUUUAAUUUUUGUAGUUUAAUAAAACUGCACAUACAAUUGACACUGUAAACAUUGCCUUUGUCAUAUAUUGAUGGUUGAAAAGAUCUUUAUAGAAAUGUUAGAGAGCCAUCUAUUUUGCUGCAAUCAUGUUGCAAAUUUAUUUUUUGUAACAAAUGCACAACACUUGCAUCACUUCCUAGUCAAAUAUUUAUGUAAAACAUUGUACUCAAAAUAAACUGGAAGGACGCAAUCAUUUAUUUGCCAAUGUUUUGAAAUUUUGAAUUGUUGCCUUUCUAGGUUACAGGGUUCUAGGUACUGUUUGGCAUCUGAUGUCAACCAGCCAAAACUAUUCUUAUAGCUAAGCCAUUAAGCAGCAGUUUUUUUUUAAUUAUCGAGAGUAUCAUUGUCAAAACUGUUUCUGUCCGAGUACUUUGCUUUCCCUUUAUAAAGAAUGACUAGAUUAAAAUAAAAAUAGCAAUGUA